UCGGUCACUGAACAGAAUAGGCCUGACAAAAUCGUAAAAACGAAAACUUACAAGUGCGGGGAAAAGAGCGGAAAGCUGUUGCACGUCUUAAAAUUGGCACAAACUGGACCUACAAACUCUCGACAAAGAUCAAGAGAUUGUAGUAGUAGCGCUCUGCAAAGGGGGGGCAUAAUAGUUAAAAUCCAGCCGAUCGAACCACCGCCAAAGGAAGCGCCGCCCACGCCACAGAAGUAUCGUCCAGCGCCAACAACAGCACAGCAGCAGUACCAACAACAACGUAGUUGUAGUAACCUUCUCGCACUUGCAGUAGUAAACAAAAGGCAACUAACAAAACAAACUUUUGGCAACAUGGACGUGUUCCUCAUGAUCAGACGGCAAAAGACGACGAUUUUCACGGAUGCCAAAGAGAACACUACCGUUGCCGAGCUGAAACGUAUGAUUGAAGGCAUUCUAAAAGUACAAGUCGUCGAUCAGCGGUUGUACAACCAGGACAACGACAUUAUGGAGGAUGACAGCACGUUGCAGGAGUACGGCGUGACGGUAUCCACGGCGAAGGCACAGUCGCCGGCGCAACUGGGCUUGACAUUCAGAAACGACAUGGGCGACUUUGAAACACUGGAUAUGACGCCAUACUCAGCACCACCCGACUUACCAGAAGUGAUGAAAAACCAAGAAGCCUCAAACGGACAGGAGGCAGUCGCAUAAAAUAGAAUCCCAAACCAUACAUAACAUCCAUCAUGAGCAGCAGCAGCAGCAGUCACAGGCAUGUCCCUGCUAUCCGUUGCAUGCGAGGGAUAACUUGUCUCCAGACAAACUGGGGCAACUACUAUCAGAUCUAGAUCUAGGUCUACGCUGUCGCUGUUGCUCUCGCUUGUCCCAUACAAAUAUACAAGAAGAAAAACAAAAACCACGAAGAAAAAAACACGAAGUCAAGCGCUCGAUGCAAUGCAAUAUGUUUCGAAUUGUACUACGAUUUCUACUCUGAAAACCGAAUCAACUACAGACAAAACAACAUCUGCAGCCACAA